GACUGUCAACAUGGCGGGGACAGUAGCGAAGAAGUGUCUCAAUCCUCUGACUUUCGUCACCAGGAGGCUUUCUGCUCCGGAGUUCAUCACUCAGUGCUGCUACCACAAGAAGGUGGUGGAUCAUUAUGAAAACCCAAGAAAUGUUGGCGUUUUGGACAAAAACUCCAAGAACGUUGGGACUGGCUUGGUGGGCGCUCCAGCCUGUGGAGACGUGAUGAAGCUUCAGAUUGAGGUGGAUGACCAGGGGAAAAUUGUGGAUGCCAGGUUCAAAACUUUUGGCUGCGGUUCUGCGAUUGCCUCCAGCUCUUUGGCCACUGAGUGGGUGAAGGGCAAAUCUGUGGACGAAGCUCUGACAAUAAAAAACACUGACAUUGCCAAAGAGCUCUGUCUUCCCCCUGUGAAACUUCACUGCUCCAUGCUUGCAGAGGAUGCCAUCAAGGCUGCCCUGGCUGACUAUCGCCUCAAGCAACAGGACGUCCAGCAGGAGGCAGUCAGGGCCAGCAAUUAAAGAGCCCUCUCACCCUAAGCCACUGUUUUCCGCCUGCUGUCAAGAGACCUAGCAGUAGUUCAGCAUCCUAACAUUCCUGCAGUACUGAUGAGUACACCUUAUACUAUGUGGAUGACCAGCACACCACUGUCAACCCUCUGUAGCAGUGUUGUACCAGGCUCUCUGUAUUAGUCUGUGGUCUUCUUAUCCUUUUUUAGCCUGUCACGUUAACGCACAAUGUAAGCACUGUUUGGGCUGUUGGUACAGAGGUGAGCCUUAUUUUUGAGAUUGUGUUAUAUUUUAAGACCUUUUUGCACAAGGAGUUUAUAUGGUGUGAUGGAGAUAUUGAUUAAAGCUAAGAGCUGUGUCCCGUCUGCACCCUAAGCACUGACCUUUUGAUAUGCAAUUAAGCAAAAGUGGUUCAAAACAAUGAGUGUCCACUGGUUUUAAGUGUAACUUGUGAUUAUUUAGUGACAAGUCUGCAAUAAAGUAUUCUGAAACCAAAA